AUGGCUGCGACCGGUGUUCUAGCUGUUCGUUGGGCCAUAUUAUCUAUCUUUGGCACUUCAGGUCCAUCUGUCCUGCAAGCUCACACUGCCAAUGGCCAAGCUUCGCCGCACAGCAGUCAACCGGUGACGUUGGCUGAAUCUUUACACAGUCAGGUCACCAAUAUUAUUCAAUCUCUGGAUUUAUCGUCCGUGGACAUCGGUGCACGGUACUUUCGAGGCUUUCAUUCCUCAUUUCCGAUCAUCGCACCCCAGCGAUUCCAUGAGAUCAUUCGAGAGCCGGUAACACCAGCAGCCGACGCCUCCGUAUUGCUCCUUUCGCUGGCCCUUCUCACAGUGGAACCCUUCUGCGACGAUUUGUACAUGACUGCGCAGCUGCUCUUCACCUCAGUACAAGCAACCACUGAUGCAUCGAUUGCUUUGCUCCAAGCGGCUGUUGUCAUCGCCGCGUACGAGUAUGCUCGAGGUUGGGUCGACGCGGCUUCCAUAUCCGUCGUGAAGUGCGUCAGGAUGGGUUAUUGCCUCGGGAUUAACAAACAUGACUUUGAGGAUGGCCAGAUGACAAGCGAGCGGGUAUCAACCUCACAACAGUCAUGGAACUUGUGGUGGUGCGUAGCAAUGCUUGACAGCAUCAUUGUAUCCGAGGCAGACAUCGACGUCCAGCAGCCUCCAGCUUACCACCUGACUCAUGACACGCCUUUACCUUUCGAUUUGAGGCCGGGAGCGAAUAGCUCCAGGCCUUCUCUCGGCAUGCUUGGUGCUGUUAAAGUACGGAAUGCGGACGACUUUGGACGUCAAGCGCAAUCCGUAUUCCUGUUAUACCGUGUUCGACAAGCGAUUUAUGCAAAGUCGGAGCUGGGAGAAUUAGCAAGGAUCGACCUGGAUAUCCAGCGCUUCUUGAUACAAGUGAUGAAAGAGAGUACUGAGGUUCAGUCUCAGGCCAUCCACAGCACAUGUACUGUAAUUGCUGUUAGAACAUUGUUCAUCCUACAUCAGCAUAUCUUGACAAUGCAGAUAUCUCAAGAAACUCUUCCUGAACCGCAGAUGCAAGUUGUCACCCAGACAUCGCAGGCGGCCUUGUCUACGGCUGCAAAGAUGGUCAUCGAUGCGGUGGCCGAUCACUCACAUGGUGUCGCCCUGAUCACACAGACGCUGCCAUUUUGCAGUAGGAAAAAUAUCUUGGACGCGAAGACGGUGGCCUCAAGCUUGGAUGAUGGCCGUAGCCAACCGAGAGACUUGAAGUAUGUUGACCUCGUUGAAAAGGCUUUGAAUAGACGUUGGGGUGCUGUGUGAUCAGCAAAAAGUCAUGCAUUUGUCGAUA